AUGCCUGGGAACAUCAUCCCUGAAGUGCUUGAGGUGCCGUCGCCAAGUGAGGCUCGCUCCCGUUUGACGAAGCCUCUUGAGUACAGUGGUCUGUUGGACUCCUACCAGAACUCGGACUUGACUCCAGUGAUUGGUCGUGAAUACCAUGGACUACAAGUGGCAGACUUGCUUGCUGCAAAGAACAGUGAUGCUUUGAUUAAAGAUGUUGCUGUCACCGUCUCUCAGCGCGGUGUAGUUUUUCUGCGCAACCAGGAUGUGACGCCGCAACAGAUGCAAGCAUUCAUGGAACGUCUUACCACUCUUUCAGGUUGUCCUGAGACAUCCGGUCUUCAUGUUCAUCCCCUGACCGAGGAGGGCAGUGAACUUGGUGAUCAGAUCAGUGUGAUCAGUUCGGAGAAGCAGAAGAAGGGUGGCGGUCUUACUCAUCAGCUUAGUGACACCAGCAGAUUUGCUAGUGUAGGAUGGCAUUCAGACAUCACUUUCGAGCCGGUACCUUCUGAUUAUGCCAUGCUGAAAAUCCAUACGCUACCAGAGACCGGUGGAGACACACUCUGGGCGUCCGGUUACGAAGUUUACGACCGCUUGUCCCCUGCACUGGCGCAGUUUCUCGAAGGGCUCACCGCUACACAUGAGGCCAAGUUCUUCCAUGAAGAAGCUGCGAGAUUGGGCAACCCUCUCCGCACAACGAUUCGUGGAUCACCUCUCAACCAAGGACCGGCACUGGAAGCUGUACAUCCGGUAAUUCGUACAAACCCGACGACCGGAUGGAAGAGCGUCUACGUUAACCGUGGCUUCACACGCCGAAUCAACGGCGUGACCAAAGAUGAGUCCGACGUGCUGCUACAGUAUCUCUUCAACCUUAUUACACAAAACCAUGACGCGCAGGUUCGCUUCAAGUGGAACAAGAAUGACCUCGCCAUCUGGGACAACCGAUCAACAUGGCACACGGCAACGUACGACUAUGAAGCCGCGAGAGCUGGUGAUCGUGUCUGCUCGUUGGGUGAGAAGCCUUACCUCGACCCAGCUUCGACGAGCAGAAGAGAUGCGUUGCGCUUUUCUUAGGUACUGUAGGCCACUGUGUGCUAUAAGGCAGAUUUGUGAAAUCGAGGAAUCAAAAAUCAGCCCUCGAUAUUAGAAGUUCAUCUGCUCUGACAACGUUCGCCCAGCAUUUGAGAGUUGAGCGAUCUGAACAGCGGAAGAGACUGUAAGGUAGCUUCCUGUUGCGUUACUUCUAGAGCAUAGAAACAAUGUUCAUCCGUG